GAUGGCGGGUGGUAAGAGGAUCAGAUUCGUUCGGAGACGUAAGAGGGACGUAAAAGCAUAGGGGGUGCGGACCAGUCAGUGCGCGGCGGGGUGCGCUUCUCGAUGCAGGUCAUGAUUUUGCUCCAGGUGAACGUGCAACGAAAUAUCCAGAAUCCAUUCGACAACAUCAACGAGACUCAUUCGCGUAUUUUUGCAAUAUCUUUGCCGACGAUCUACCCUGAACACGCCUGUACAACCGAAGCCAAGUAAAUUCUUACAGUGGAAGAGAAGAGAAUUAAAUAUGAUGUUGCUUCACGACUAUGUUUUCUGGCGAAAAACAAAAUUUUUCUGUCAGCAAGAAAAACCGGUUAAUGGUGGCCCAACCAUCGAUUGCCCCGUUAUACUGUACCCGUACGUAGCAGCAUGGCUCCACAAUACAGGUAGCGACAAUUUACAUUUUUUAAGAAAAUUUUUUGUUCUUUCUUCGAUAUAUAUACAUGCAUAUCUCAAAUUAACAAUUUCUAGUAACAACGGAUAGUUAUUAUUCUAUUUUAUAGGGACUUAAUAUACGUAUAUAUAUUUUGCGCAAUAAUAACUUAUGUUAUUGAUACAAAAGACCUGUUAUGUUUUUAAAGCGUCUAUCUUAAUUCGUAGAAGAACCUUAAAGGAUAUCUAAUUUUUGUUAUAAAGUAUGCGUAGAACAGAAACUCUAUACAUAAAUAUAUACAUAUAUAAGUUACACGCUUCGAACUCUGCAACAGUUGAGAGUAAGCUUGUUGCGUCAGCCUGUUGAUUAUAUGUACUUGAGUUCGCAUUAAUAUUUUCACGAAUUUGAAGCUUCUUUUUACACACAUUUCUCGUGGCAUUAGUGCUGAAAUAAUUAGAACGUUUCGAAGUGGCAAAUUGAAGAUUUAUAUCGUUAAUUAGAUAUUAACGACGUUAUAUAACAUAAAUAAGCGUCAAAAUGUUAUUUAGUUUUAGCUAGAAUAGCCGUAACAGGAUCAAGUCAUUCAAGAAUAUAAAAAAUUCCGAUAGAUUUUUGAAUGUUUUAAUUGUAACAAGUUCAUUGAUAAUGUAUAUUGUGUUUUGCUUUUAUUUUGGAGGGAUCUCAAUUUUUGCCGAUUGUAAUUUUAUCUUCCUUUGCCUGCAAGGAGUACGCUUCGAGCUGUUUAAAAUCAAUAGCAAGGUUAAAGGCCUCUGCACACCGAAAGUAGUAUAACUGAUCUGUUCUUUCAAUCCUUUAUCGUUGUCGCAUAUAAAUGAUUUAUAUAAAAUAUUAGGAAUAUUAAACGUAUCGUAUAUACGACUGUUUUCUUUAUUAUCUCGAAUUUAUUCCAUUUCAUACGUAUGAUCAUGUUUAUUCUAUCGCAUUCGUUGUGUAUGGACCUUUCGUUUUAAGAGGCUCAUACAUACUGCAAUUUUUUCCGUUUGGCGGAAAUAGAUAUAACGUUUCGUUACGUUCAUUUCCUUAUUAUAAAUCAUUAUUUUCGAUAGAUUAAACCGAUUCAGCACGCUAGAAACAUGGAGUAGUAUUUUCUCUCAAUGGAGUGACCGGUUAUAAUUAGAGUAGAAUUUUAGUAGGUCACUUCGAUUAAGUGGAUAUUCGAAUAAUACAAUGUAUUUAUUAUUUAAUGCAAAAGAAAUAUUAGAAAAUUGACUCGAUUGAUUGGAUUAUCUCAUUGGGGAUUAAUAGUUAUCUUCCUCAAUAAUAUUAUUUUCAUGAUGAAUGAAUACAUUUAAAUAGCUUACUUACGUUGAUCUGUACCAAUUCGAGUAAAAGAUUUAAUCUAUUGGAUACAUUAUGAAAUUUCAGAGGCAGAUCUCACUAACCAAUUCACCGAUAAUUUUUUUUUUAUUUUUAUCAUCGAUCAUUGAAUCGAGUUAAGCUUCGAAUUUCGUUUGCAACUUAACGACAAGGCUUCAGGCCUUAAGUGAUCAGUUGCUCCCUCCAUACUCGUAUCCCACUUACCCUCGAGUGGAACAACAGAGGACGUAUUGAGUUCGAGUAUGAAAGGGAACAGCAAGAAAAGAGGGGGUAACGAGCUGGAGACCAACUCGAGCCCGCUGACCACUUGUCCAAGAUAGCUGCCGAUCGAUCAGGCUAUCUCAUUAUUGUGAAAUCUCCUUACCGUUGAUGUGUACAUACAUUUAUACAUAUACAAACCAGUUGUUCUUAAUUGAACGUUAAUUGAUUUCCGGUUUUUGAUAUUUUAGAAUAAUACUCCAAAAAAUCGAACAGAACGAUGUUUAAUAUCUAUUGUAUUACAUAUCUGAGCUCAAAGAGAUUCUUCUUAGAUUUUUUCUAAGAAACUUCUUAGAGUUUUUCUUAGAGUUGUCAUGUCUUAUAUAUUUUUUCUUUUUCCUUGUAAUAAUAUAAAAAUAUAUAAUUUCAAAUAUGGUGGAUUUAAUGAUCGUAAUUUUAUGUGAUAAAUGGCUACAGCAUGAGGUCCCGUAUGCGGUUACCAUUUGUCCAUUGUUCAUUGAAUUUUCCAUCUUUCAAAUUAUACUUUUUUAUGUUUAAAUUAUAAUUACAUUUAAUAAUUAUUACCUUUUAAUCUUAACGCGAUUAUAUACGACAAUUUUCAUUUAUAUCAAUUAAUAGAACGAAAAUGAUUACAUCGAUCUGAUCGAGUUUGCGAAUAAUUUCCGAUUGAAUGAUUGAAUUUAUGAAGUAUACGACAUCUUUAAUUGAUAGGGAGUGAUAUCGAGAAUGAAAAUAUUUUAGAAAAAAUCGUUGGAAGAUAGACAAGUGUACGGAUUAUUUUUAUUGAAAAAAAAAAAAAAAUAAAUAAAUAAUUGCAGGUUAUCAACCUUCAGCAUUCAUCGUAUUCUCAUGGAAAAUGUCAUGAUAACACGUGAGUUCAGUGCUUGCAGAACGAGGAUUACCAUCUUCGAUUUGUAUUAUCUACCGAUGAUGUAUUUCCGAAGAUGGAUUCAUCCAGGAUUUUCUCUAUUCGAUCUUGUGGAUGAACGAAUCUGGUUAAUUCGUUCAUCUAAUACAAACGAAAACUACUGGGCCGUACAUUCGCGUCAACUAAUGUUUGUUGGAGUGUCAACGUAUGAACCUGAAUUUUGAGGAAUUCGGUAAUCGUUCCAUAUAUGUUAAAGCAAUUUGUGCAUUGUUACUGGAAUUUGGUACUUUUUCUGAGAUGUAUCAUAAAAAUUUCAUCAAAAUUUUGUCGAUAUCGUUAAUCUCGUACCAUUCUUCCCCUAUGCUUCCAUUAUUUAAUACCAAUUGCUUUAAGAUGAUACGAAAGUUACUGAUUUCUGUAUUUCCUAAUUAAGAUAUUUAUUUUUCAACAUAUAUUACAAUGAUUUAUAUUCACGCAAAUUAUUUUUCAUUUAGAAUCAUUUCUAUAUCCCGAGGUUUCUGAAACGAGAGAUUCUCGGCGAUAUUUAUUUGCAAGAUAAUAAAUUGCCUUUCGAAACUUCUCACGUAAUUUUAAUUCAUUUCUUCUUGAUAUUACAAACUUUAUUUUUCUUGUCAUUAUCUUCUGUUGCUGUUUUAGAUGCAAAGGUAUUUAUGCUUUGAAGAUUAUAAAAUGUUAUCACAAUAAAAAAAGAAAAAUAAGAUCUUUUUACUGCUGACAGACAUCAACAAAACAAAAUAUCAUUCCCCAUUGUUAUGAAAUAAUAACUAUAGAAAUUAUACGAGUUACUUUCGUUGCUGGUGUCAAACGGAAUGGCCGCCACUGUGAAUUUUCAAUCGAUAUCGUUGAGUUAAACGAAUCCUAAAUAUACAUACAUAUUAGAGCUUUCGCAUAGAACAACUAAAAGACAAUCAUUUCGAUUAGAAGUUUAUUAUACAUUUCUCUCGUCAUACCUAGAUCAAAUUUGAUUAUAUAUCAAGUUGAUUAUAUAUCUAAUAUGAUUUUAAUUUUAUUAAUAUUUACUUUUUUCGUCUUUUUACAGAACAAUUUGACGAUCGGUGAUGAAGAUCUACCUGAAGAGGCUUUCACGUUGCUGUCGGUGCUUCUAGUUGGAUUCCUGCUCCUGAUACUUGUAUUUUUAUCAGUCGCUGGCAAUGUCCUAGUUUGUGUAGCAAUUUACACUGACCGGGGGUUGCGAAGAAUAGGAAACCUAUUUCUAGCAUCCCUCGCGAUUGCUGACCUCUUCGUCGGUUGCUUGGUGAUGACAUUUGCCGGCGUAAAUGACCUCCUUGGAUACUGGGUCUUCGGCACGCAAUUCUGCGAUACUUGGAUAGCUUUCGACGUUAUGUGUAGCACUGCCUCUAUAUUGAAUUUAUGCGCCAUAUCUCUUGAUCGUUACAUCCACAUAAAGGAUCCGCUUAGAUACGGUCGCUGGGUAACAAGAAGAAUUGCAACUGCCGGGAUCGCUGUUGUGUGGCUAUUGGCAGGUCUCAUUUCUUUCGUGCCGAUCAGCCUGGGUCUUCAUAGAGCAGAUCAGUUCCUGGUUUAUGAUGAUGGGAAAGAGGAACAUCCAACUUGCGCCCUGGACCUUACUCCUACCUACGCAGUGGUAUCAUCUUGUAUCUCUUUUUACGUUCCUUGCAUGGUAAUGCUUGGAAUCUAUUGCAGACUCUAUUGCUACGCGCAGAAACAUGUGAAAAGUAUUCGCGCCGUCACGAAGAUACCGGAAGUAUCUGUAGGAAAGAGCUUCCGUACAAAGAGUCGUUACAAGCCACCAAAACCGCAAAUGAAGUCAAAGCCGACUAGUCCGUAUCAUGUGUCCGAUCAUAAGGCAGCAAUCACCGUAGGCGUCAUCAUGGGCGUCUUUCUUAUAUGCUGGGUUCCAUUCUUCUGCGUUAACAUUGUUGCAGCCUAUUGUAAAACCUGCAUAUCAGUGCAAGCAUUCCAAGUACUCACAUGGCUUGGCUAUAGCAACUCGGCCUUCAACCCGAUUAUCUACAGUAUCUUCAAUACAGAAUUCAGAGAAGCAUUUAAAAGGAUCCUAACGAAGGGUGUGCGCUCCCGAGGAAAUCAGCCUUCUACUAGUGAAUGUGGUGAAUUUCGAUCUAUAGUGAUACAGAAACAUAAUGGCUCUAUGAUCGAGUGUAACAUCAGUCCGAGAUCGAGCGCGGACAGUUCUCACGUUGGGGUUAUAGCUCAGGUACAUCGAGAUACUAUAGCCAGUGCAAUAUAAAAGAAAAAUAUUGCUUGCAAAAAGACUCUUUGCGAAAGUUUUAUGUUCCUAUGGCCUCGUAAAUACAUGUAUAUCUAUAAUGAGUAUUCAGUUAUUUUCCAAAGGACCAUCGGUGUUGAGAGAAGCGUUUGUCAUUAAGCUCAUUCGUGCAACGUGACGAUCAUCGGAAUUGUCUCAUUGCUCUUUACGAUUACUGUAAUUCUGGUGCUUUUUUUUUUUUAACUAACUCCGUCUACGUCGGGCCUUGGAAAAAAAAAUAUAUAAAAAAGAAAAGUAAUAAAAGAAUUGAUAUAUGUAUGUAAAUGCAAUUUUUCUUGGUCGGAGUAUGGAUCUAUACGGAUGAAGAAAUUUUGUCAAAAAGGAUCUCAUAUCAAGUAUUAGUUGCUAAUCAUAGUUACUGUACGUACUGUAUGCUUAUUCUUGGGACUGUAAUUAUAGCGCUAGUGCUUAACUAAUCCGAAAAUGUAUAAUUAGAUUAGUAGAUAGAAGUUGUAUGAGUGAGAUAAGGAGAUAUAAAGUUUAAAUUAUAUUAGAUUCUUAGAGAGAUUUAAAUAAAUUCAGUGCGUAGAGACACCGGACUAUGUACAAACCGAAAGUAAUUAAAAUAAAUAGUUAGUAUGUUUUGUUCUUCCAAAAAA